AUGAAGGCAGUCACUUCUGUUACAGUCAAUGACUGGAGCCAGAGCUGGCCCCUACUUGACUCAACCCCAGAAAAAUACGCCUGUAUCGUGAUGGAUGACGUGUGGAAGAAAUGGGUCUACAAUCCAGUCCAGCUCCCUCCUGCCGACAUAUUUUACACCACUGCGAACAUUUACCAGCCUCGAAAGAGAACCCUGGAGGCAGUCACCUGCAAGUGCAUCAACCGUGGCCUGGAUCUGACUCAGAGGGGUGAUCCGGAAGAACAGGCGAAACUCAAUGAUAAGUCUACCAACGACACGAUGUCACUGGCGGACUCCGAGGACAAUGUUCACGCUCAGCCAGACGCUUUCGUCGACUACUUGUCCAGGAUCAACGCUUGCCAUUAUGAAACCGCCCGAAACUUUUUAACACGUUGUGCAAAACCAGGUGGUAAUAAGGACAAAUCAACAGCAUAUCCGGAUUCCUGA